GGUUUAGAAAUGGCUAAAAAGCCCAGCAUUGGUCGCCAAAAGAUCAAGAUUGCGAAAAUAGAGCGUAAAAAUCACCUGCAAGUGACCUUCUCAAAACGCCGUUCAGGCCUUUUUAAGAAAGCGAGUGAGCUCUGCACGCUCUGUGGAGUAGAGAUUGCCAUUAUAGUCUUUUCUCCGGCUGGAAAAGUGUUCUCCUUUGGUCAUCCUAAUGUGGAGGGGAUUAUUGAGAGGUUUCUCAGUCGAAAUCCUCCUCCUUCAAACACGAGCACUAUCCAUCUUGUUGAGGCUCACCGCAGUGUGACUGUUUGUGAGCUCAAUUUUCAUCUCACACAAAUUUUUAAUGAAAUGGAGGUGGAGAGGAAAAGAGGCGAGGCGCUUGAUGACAUGAGGCAAGCUAGCCAAGGCCAGUUUUGGUGGGAAUCUCCAGUCGAAAAGCUAGGGGUGGAUGAGCUUCAGCAAUUGAAGGAAUGCAUGGAAGUGCUGAAGAAAAAUGUGAAUACUCAAGCUAAUAGUAUCUUGGCUGAGAAUGCGAAUUCUAAUUUGACACUUUUCGGGUCUAAUGGACACAGGGGAUUUGAUCAGUUUGACGCGAAACCUAAUCAGAUCAAUGCUGCUUCUCAUGUCCCUGACCAGGGAUUGAAUUCCCUUCCAACAGGAAAUCGACAAAGCAAAAUGAAAUCUUCAACUAUAAGGGGUGUUGUCAUAGCAACCUCAGUCAUAUUUGUAGUUAUUCACAGAGACAUGAAAGCAAGCAACAUUUUAUUAGACGAGGAGAUGAACCCUAAAUUUUCUGACUUUGGCCUGGCUAGAAUUGUUGGACCAAGAGAAACAGAAUCUAACACCACCAGAGUUGUGGGAACCUAUGGUUAUAUGGCUCCUGAAUAUGCUGUAGAAGGACGGUUCUCAGUCAAAUCCGAUGCCUUCAGCUUUGGAGUUGUUGUUCCAGAUGAUCGUCCCAACAUGUCAAAGGUAGUUGUUAUGUUGAGCAGUGAAACAGAAACUUUUCCAAAUCCAAAGCAACCAGCUUUUGUUACAAGAAAACGUUUUCAUGCCACAACUUCCUCCUCGUCCACUAAACCAGAAACACUGUCUAAGAAUGAAAUAACAUUAACUGAAGCUGAAGGCUGA